ACCCGCCCCUACCGACCUACUACAUGGACGCCCAGCACCGCAUUGUUUCUCUCCGCGUGAAUCUGCCGUGCCCGUGUGCGAUGGCUUCUCUCUCGGUCCAGUAACCCUAGUCUCCAUUCCACCCCAUUCAAUCAGUCGAUCAGGCGAACGAUGAAACAAGCCUUCUAGACUAAGGAUGAGGUCGGCGGCUGGAGAUGAACCCGGUUCAGGGGGAACGACGGCGUUGCCGAUCGGGGAGGAGUCGAGCGGAAGAUUGCUGGCAGGGGAGAAGACUGAUCCUAAAGAGGCGGCGCAGUCAGUCGGAGACUCUCGAGGCAAACGGCGGAAGGUGGAGGGUGUCAGUGCGGCGGAGGGCGGUAAAAGGAUGCUGACAGCGGAGGAAGUCGCCUUGGCUGCCCGGCCGCUCCCUCCCGAAGAGAUUCCAUACCCCAAAUCUGGUGAACACACUGACGUGGUGGCUUGGAUUAAUGCGAACGAUGCGCUGUAUAACAAGGAUAACCUUGGAGACGAAGGUUCUCUUUUUAACAUUCUAGUGCUUGGGAGAGGAAAGGUCAGGGUCAAGAAAUCCGUGGCAUCUGCAGCAAGCAUGGAAUCCAUGGACGGUAGAGACAUGAUCGCGGACGUGGCCCGCUCCGUUGUGAAUGUAUCAGCCACUGAACCUGAUGGGAAGGUUUUAUAUACCACAGGCAUCAUCAUUGAGUAUGAUGAGAUUGGUAAGUGCGCGAAGAUCUUGUCUUCGUCCAGCUUCAUGUGCACGAAGGAGGGCAAGCUGCGGCACCCAGAUCAAAAGGUAUUAGUUCACCUAUCAAAGGAUACUGCUGCGGAGGCCCGGGUGGUAUUCUUCAAUGGCCACUAUGGAAUAUCGCUUUUGGAUAUCAGUACAGUGUUCUCUCUGGUGCCAGCUUCUUUGGGUUCUAGACCGUGUUAUGGAGAGAAUGCAUCUGUAUUGGAUAGAGAAGUAGAUUAUGCACUGGUUGUCAGCCAUGGCUCAAUACUGUGUUUAGAAUAUCCUUCUUUCGAGAGGAAUCAUUAUAUGUUUACCAGCUACUAUAGCCACCUGAUUUGCACUGGUGGGCCAGUAAUUAACAACAGUGGCAAGCUCAUCGGUCUUGUUGUCAAACAUAUCCCGCAAGCCACUAUUGUAUCGACAUCUAUAGUGACAAAGUGUAUUGAGAUGUGGAAUCAAUUUGGCCGGAUCGCUCAUCCUAUUCAUCACCUUAAGUUGACGACCGUGCGAAUGCUGGAUAUGGUUUAUCGAGAUGAGCUUUGGUCCCGCCACAAUAUCAGAAGUGGGUUUAUUGUAGCUGAGGUGUGUCCUAACUCUACUGCUGAGAAGAUUGGCAUUCGAAGAGGAGAUGUGAUUGAAUUGAUUGGCGUGGAUCAUCUUUCUACUGUUGUUGAGCUUGAAGAGUUUCUUCUUAGUCUUGCUUGGAAGUUUUUGGAGGAAAAACUUGAUUCGUCUUCGACGAUAGAUAUUAAGAUAAGAGUUCAUGACAUUCGUGCAAAAACAAGUGUCAGCACUAUUUUGCCCAUGGGAUUCAGCGAUGCUGCAGUGCGCUCAUACUAUUAACUGGAUGGGUGGCCCAAUAGUUGUCAUGAAAAAUGCCUCCAAUAGUUUCUAGGUCAUGGCGUGCUACUGAAGUCUGAAACCUGUUGUUUGGAAAUGCAAGAGGAUAUCCUCCUCCAAAGCUUGCUGAAAUGUUCCCAUUUUUACGCAAAUAGCUGAUUCAGUAGCAUCUCUUAUUUCACAGCCUGAUAUUGUGUGCAUGCAUGACUUUUAAAUCAUCUACUACCUCUGUCCACGACUUUUAAAUUUGAAAUGAUCAUUUGAUACUAUUUAAGUUACCGUGAUGUAACUCACUCUUUAGGGUAUAGAUACCUUUGAAUUUAGACAAAUCUCUGACAUCCUUUUAU